AUGAAUCCCCAUGCAAAACUAAUCUCUAUCAUAAGCCUAGCCCUAGGGACCAGUAUCACAAUCUCUAGCAACCAUUGAAUCUUAGCCUGAACAGGUCUAGAAAUCAAUACCCUAGCCAUCAUCCCACUAAUCUCAAAAUCACACCACCCUCGAGCAAUCGAAGCAGCAAUCAAAUACUUCCUAACCCAAUCAACCGCAUCCGCCCUAAUCCUCUUCUCAAGCAUAAACAACGCCUGAUCUACUGGUCAAUGAGACAUUACACAACUUAACCACCCCACAUCCUGCCUAAUCCUAACAAUAGCCAUUGCAAUCAAACUAGGUCUAGUUCCAUUCCACUUCUGAUUCCCUGAAGUCCUUCAAGGCUCCUCCCUAAUCACAGCCCUUCUACUCUCUACCCUAAUAAAACUCCCCCCAAUAACCCUUCUCCUCAUAACAUCCCAAUCCCUUAACCCUGCCCUCCUCACUCUACUAGCAGUUUCCUCCGCAUUAGUUGGAGGCUGAAUAGGCCUAAACCAAACACAAACACGAAAAAUCCUAGCCUUCUCAUCCAUCUCCCACCUAGGAUGAAUAAUCGUGAUUAUUAUUUACAACCCAAAACUCACCAUCCUAACCUUCAUCAUCUACUCAUUAAUAACAUCCACUGUAUUCCUAUCUCUCUCGCAAAUCAAAGUCCUAAAACUGUCAACAAUACUCAUCUCCUGAACAAAAACCCCAAUACUAAAUUCAACCAUUAUAGUUACCCUCCUCUCCCUAGCAGGCCUCCCACCACUAACCGGUUUCAUGCCAAAAUGACUCAUUAUCCAAGAACUUACUAAACAAGAAAUAACCCCAGUAGCUACAACCAUUGCAAUAUUAUCAUUACUUGGCCUAUUCUUCUAUCUCCGCCUUGCAUACCAUUCAACAAUCACACUUCCACCUAACUCAUCUAACCAUAUAAAACUCUGACGCAUCAACACAACACCAAACACCCCCACCGCUAUCCUAACCGUCCUAUCAAUCUCUUUACUCCCCCUCUCUCCCCUAAUCACUACUUUAGUUUAG